AUGUCGACUUUCGGCCAGCACUUCAGGGUUACGACCUAUGGCGAGUCCCACUGCCUCAGUGUCGGUGCCAUCAUCGAUGGCUGUCCCCCCGGCAUGGCUCUCACCGAAGCCGACAUCCAGCCCCAGAUGACACGACGACGACCCGGCCAGUCCGCAAUCACGACUCCGCGAAACGAGAAGGACAAGGUCGAGAUCCAGUCUGGAACCGAGUUCGGCCUCACGCUGGGCACACCCAUCGGCAUCAAGGUCAUGAAUGAGAACCAGCGCCCCAAGGACUAUGGCAACAAGACCAUGGACCUGUACCCCAGGCCGAGUCACGCGGACUGGACCUACCUUGAGAAGUACGGUGUGAAGGCUAGCUCUGGAGGUGGAAGGAGCAGUGCACGUGAAACCAUUGGACGAGUCGCCGCCGGUGCCAUCGCAGAGAAGUACCUGCGCGAGGCCUACGGUAUCGAAAUUGUCGCGUUCACAGCCUCUGUUGGCAACGAGUUCCUAUUCCCUCCUACAGCGACACACCCCACUGCCUCGACCAACCCCGAAUACUUGAAGAUGAUCGAUACCAUCGACCGCAAGACAGUCGACUCUUUCCUGCCCGUGCGGUGCCCGCAUGAGGAGAGCAACGAGCGCAUGGAGAAGCUGAUUGGAGAGUACAAGGACAGGGAGGACAGCAUUGGCGGCACAGUGACAUGCGUCAUUCGAAACUGCCCCACUGGGUUGGGCGAGCCGUGCUUUGACAAGUUGGAGGCAAAGCUUGCGCACGCUAUGCUUUCCAUCCCAGCGACCAAGGGCUUUGAGAUUGGAUCUGGCUUCGGCGGCGCCCAAGUACCCGGCUCCAUCCAUAACGACGCUUUCAUCAAGGCACCCGCUGUCCCAGCAGGCGUCAACGGCACGUCAAACUACCCACGGCCACGACUCACCACCAAGACCAACAACUCUGGUGGUAUUCAAGGCGGUAUCACCAACGGCGCGCCCAUCUACUUCAACGUCGCCUUCAAGCCUCCUGCCACGAUCGGCCAGGCGCAGGAGACAGCGACGUACGACCAGUCCGUCGGUGUUCUGGAAGCCAAGGGCCGGCACGACCCGUGUGUGGUGCCCCGUGCGAUUCCCAUUGUCGAGACUAUGGCGGCGCUGGUCAUCAUGGAUGCGGUCUUGGCGCAGCAGGCGAGAGCGGGUGCUAGGAGCCUGUUGCCUGUUCUCGAGGGCGUUGUCCCCGUACCGAAGUAG